AUGUGCGAGAGUGAAGUAGUGCAUGGACUAGCCAUUAUUGGUGAAAAUGGAAAUAGACUAAUAGGCAGCCCUCUGGUCAUAUCACAGACAAUUCGCGAGAAAGAGAAGAGGAUGUUUGAAAAAGCAAAGGAAACAAAUGAGUCAAUUAUUCUCUUUGAAGAUAAUCUUGUACUGUACAAAAUAGUCGGCGACCUCUGCAUUUUAUUAUAUGCACCAAUCAAUGAGAAUGAAAUUGCACUCUCAGAUGCUCUGGAUGCUUUUUACACUGCAGUGAUUAAGACGCUGGGUGGGCCGCUUACACAAAAAUCAUUGGAUAAGCAUUAUGAUGAAAUGUUUCUUCUGGUUGACUCUUUCAUAUAUAAAACAGUCAUUGUCACUGAUAGCUCAACCGAUCUUAUAAACUCACUUCCCAAAAGAACAUUUGAGGGAUUGGAUGCUAUUCCCAUGCCUUCCAAGCUUUCAAGCGCAUUCAAAAAGGCACAAAAGUCAUUUGCCUCUUCCUGGUUUAAAAAGUGAAUAAAUA